AUGUUUCGGACUUUGACAUACUGUUUACUUAGCUCUCUCGGCAUCGGCGCAAAGCCCGAAGUUGAGAUGGGGCGCGCGCACCCGCAUCCGCACACUGUUCAUUCCAUCUUGUCUAGAGUUCGCUUGCUUGUUUGCCGUGUUGGAGUUCUUCCAGAUACCGGUUUUUCUGGUUGGCUCUGCUUUUUCCUUCUGCCCUGCCCGCCACCGGCUACAUCGGCCGGGGUUGGAUGA